AUGAAACUCUUAUCUGACAUUAUUCAUUGCUCCAGGCCUGUGGAGACAGCGGCCAUUGCUGGCGUAACCAAAUCUGGAAUAGAUAUGGCUCAGGGACCCGUGAAGAGUAUGGGCAGCUAUCUAUGGGCCAGGGUAACCCACUUAGUAAAAUGUGAGGCUGAAGUCGACAAGAUGAAGGUGAAGGUAGAUUCACUGCUUCGAGAUAAGACAGACAUGGAGACCAUCAUUGAGCAUGCAAAUUAUGAAUGCAGAGUAGCAUCCGAAGCCACAAAACAAUGGAUAUUAGAUGUUGAAGAAAUAGCAACUCAAGCUAAAGAUUUGGUUGUUGAAUGCAAGGGUAAAAAUCCAGCCAGGCAUGAUCUGCAUGAUGCAGAUGCCACACAAAAAGCUAGAAAGAAAAUAGAGGUCAUGAACCCAAUUCGCCGACUGCAGAUUGGCGCAUUAGCCAUAAAACUACUAGCUCGAGCUGAAGAACUGCUUAAGCACAGGAAUGAUCUUUUUUUGCUUGUACCUUGCCGAAGACCACCAAACACUCUGAUGCUUCGAAAUAAUGUGAUGGAAUUCGGCUCUAGAAAUGAAAUUGUGAGCCAGAUAAUUAACGCACUCAAAGAAGAUAAAGUGCACAUAGUAGGUGUUUAUGGACCUUGUGGCAUAGGUAAAAGUCUUUUGGUGGCUGCAAUUUUGGAGAAGAUGAAAACACAAAAGGAAUUUGAUGAAGUCAUAACAGUUGACCUUAGAGAGAAGCCAGGACUAGAGGAGAUUAAAAACAGUUUCGCCAAGCAAUUGGGAAUGAUAUACAGUGCAAAACUCAAUGCUCAUAGAGCAGCUUUUCUGGCAGAAAAACUCAAGGAAAAGAAGUCUAUCCUGUUCUUGGACAACGCCUGGGAAAGCUUGGACCUCUGGAAGAUGGGCAUACCAGUCGAGGAAUGCAAAGUAAUUGUCACUACACAAAAAAUCGAAGUUUGCAAGUACAUGGGAGCACAAGUAGAGAUUUCGGUGGACUUCUUAACUGAGAAAGAAUCAUGGGAACUUUGCAAAUUCAAAGCAGGAGUUCCUGACAUAUCUGGAACAGAAACCGUGGAAGGAAAAAUAGCGAAAAGAUGUGGCCGUUUACCUCUUGCACUAGAUGUAAUCGGGACAGUCCUGUGUGGAAAGGACAAGAGGUACUGGGAGUGUGCAUUGUCAGAGCUUGAGAGUUCCUACCCUCUUGAGAAGGCCGAAGUGUUGCAAAAGAUAUACAUGCCCUUGGAAUCCAGUUACAACCAUCUUGAAGGGGAUGAGAAAAAAUCUUUGUUCUUGUUGUGUAGCUUGUUUCCUGGAGGACACAAAAUAAGUAAAAAUGAGCUAACAAGUUACUGGACAGGAGAGGACAUCUUCAACGAGUUCAAUACUUUAGAGGAAACCAGGCGAAAAUUACACAUGAGGAUCACAGAUAUAGAAGACUCUUUUCUGCUGUUGCCAAUUAAUUAUACCAAAUGUGUCAUGAUGCACGAUAUAGUGAGAGAUGUGGCAGUUUUUAUUGCCUCAAGAUUCUGUGAACAAUUUGCUGCACCAUAUGAAAUUGCUGAGGACAAAAUAAAUGAGAAAUUUAAAACGUGCAAGAGAGUAUCAUUUAUAAAUACCAGCAUCGAGAAACUUACUGCACCAGUAUGCGAGCACCUACAGUUGUUACUGCUCAGGAAUAACUCAAGUCUGCAUGAACUUCCAGAGAACUUCUUUCAAAGCAUGCAGCAGCUGGCUGUCUUAGAUAUGAGUAAUUCUUCCAUCCAUUCUCUGCUUCUCUCUACUAAAGACCUAGCAGCGGUCCGAACACUGUGUCUAAAUGAUUCAAAGGUAUCUAGAGGCAUUUGGUUAGUCAGUAGCUUGGAGAACUUGCGAGUACUUAGUCUAGCUGGUUGUUCAAUUGAUUCACUUCCAGAACAAUUGGGAAAUCUAAAGAAGCUUAGGCUAUUGGAUUUAUCAUCGAUGGAAUCCCUUGAGAUACUGGAGGGACUAAUUUCUAAGCUACGUUACUUGGAAGAACUGUAUGUUGACACUUCAAAGGUAACAGCAUAUCUCAUGAUUGAGAUUGAUGACUUACUACGGCUCAGAUGCUUGCAAUUGUUUAUCAAAGAUGUCAGUGUUCUCUCUCUAAAUGAUCAGAUCUUCAGGAUUGAUUUUGUGAGGAAGUUGAAGUCCUAUAUCAUUUACACCGAGUUGCAAUGGAUUACUCUGGUCAAGUCACACCGAAAGAAUCUAUAUCUCAAGGGAGUCACCACCAUAGGAGACUGGGUGGUAGAUGCAUUGCUAGGCGAAAUAGAAAACUUAAUUCUUGACAGCUGCUUUGAGGAAGAAUCAACAAUGCUGCAUUUCACUGCACUAAGCUGCAUCAGUACAUUUAGAGUUCUGAAGAUUCUGCGACUCACCAAUUGCAACGGCCUGACACACCUUGUCUGGUGUGACGACCAGAAACAAUUUGCAUUUCACAACCUAGAAGAACUCCACAUAACAAAGUGCGACAGCUUGAGGUCUGUGAUCCACUUCCAGAGCACAACGCUCAGAAAACUUGACUUUGUCCUUGUUGCAAGAGUAGCUGCUAUGCUUAGUAAUCUUGAGAGGUUGACACUGAAAAGCAACGUGGCUCUGAAGGAGGUCGUGGCCGAUGAUUACAGGAUGGAGGAGAUUGUUGCCGAACAUGUUGAAAUGGAAGAAACUGUUGGAAACGAAAUUGUCAGUGCUGAUACCAGAUAUCCGGCACAUCCUGCAGAUGUCGGUGACUCGUUGGAUCCAGAAGCAUUUCCUAGUCUAACUCAUCUCUCUCUUGUGGAUUUACCUGGAAUGGAGUACUUCUACAAGGUCGGAGGUGAAAUCAUGAGAUUCUCCUGGAAAUCACUAGUAAGUCUCAAGCUGGGAGGUUGCCACUCCCUGAAAGGGUUCCCAAUCCAUGGUGCAAGUGCUCCAGGACUGAAGAAUGUUGAGUUAGUACAUAAUGGUGAUAAAAGCUGGUACCAAACGCUGAUAUCACAGGAUGCAUCUUUGGCUGAACGAUUCAAAACUACACAAGAGUAA